AUGCCAACUGCCUGUUUGGAGAAAACCUCAUCACGUGGUAACAGUAUAGCACGUAAAGAAUACAAUAAAUUAAUUGGAGAAUUAAAUAAUGAAAUUGAACGAUUAUCUUUACAAAAUAGAAGCUUAACUGAAAAAUUAGCCAUCAGUGAAGAUCAAAUCUCGGUUGGUAGAAAAAAUGAACGUGAUCUUGAAAAUCAUAAUAAAGCUUUAGUUGAAGAAUUAUGCCAAUUGAGUAAAGCAAAUUUAACACUGAAAGAUGAACGUCGACAUGAAAUUGAAUCAAUUGAAGAGGAGACAAAACGUCUACAUAUUCAACUGGAUGAAGCAAUCAGACAAAAAAUUGAAGCAGAAAAACAAAUUCAAAAGUUAAAUAUGGAAAGAGAAAAUCUUGAGCGUAGUUUAACUGAUGUACAGAAAAAAUGUCAUACAAUGGGUACUAGUGAAAGGGAUAUGCGAAAUUUAAUUUUACGCGCAGAAGAAGACAAAAAGCGAUUAGCUCAAAGAAUUGAAAAGUUAACUGCAAAUGAACGUGCUUUAGUUCUUGAAUUAGAAAGGCUUAAACGUCAUGGUGGGACAAGUGAUGGUCGAAGUAAACGUAUCAGCCAACUGGAUGAAUUUAUCACUGGUAUUGAAUCAGAUCGUGAUUAUUGGCGUGGACAAGUUGAACUGUUACAACAAAUGUUAAACUAUCCUGCAUUAACCAGUGGAAUCGAUGGAACUGCAGGCAGUAGAACAGCCACAAUAACUGGUAGCCGUUUGAAAUCAAAACCGCCUACAGGACAUACAGCAUGUAAACUGGGCGGGACAGUUAAAGAUGCAAAACAAAGGAAGCUUGAACAACAAGUCCAAGAGUUACGCGUUGAAAGAGAUCUACUACGACAAGAGUUAGAUAAUUUAACACGAACUCGUCACAGGAGUCCAUCACCAGUCACCAGGUCAAGAUCGCUGAACAGAUUUCAGUCUCGAGAUGAUUAUAUGGAGCUAACUAAACUUCGACAGGAACGUGAUGAGCUGAGAAGUCUACUCAAUAAAUUAGAGCAUAGAGUUCAAGAAAUUCAGCGUAAUGUUCAUACAAUAACACAAGAAAGGGAUCAAAUCAACAAACUCUACAAUGACUCACGUUGUGAAAUACACCGAUUACAUCAAGAUCUUUAUGCAAUGCAUGAAACUGGUGAUCGUAAUACUCAAACUACACAGACUGUUUUACGUCGAGUUGAAGCUGAACGAGAUCGUGCUUUAGUUGAUUUAUCAAGAGUUACUGCUGAACGGGAUAGUUUAAUUACUAAGUAUAAAAAUUCAACAGAAACUGCACAUUCUGAUAAGUUACGAUUAACCAAUCAGUUGGAUCAUUUAGAGAAUAGUUUAAAUCAAGUAGCUGAAGAACGUGAUGAAGUACUUCGACGUGUUUCAACACUGCGAUUGCGUAUUGAUGAAUUGCAUCAACGUCAACAACAAUUAGAGCAAACUUUAGCUGAACGACAAGAAUUACUUAAAAAAGUGAAUGAAGAGUCUGCACAACUUAAACAAGAAGCUGAAGUACAAAAUAAUCGUUUAGAAGAACGUGAAUUACAAAUAAGUCAAAUGAAUGAAAGAACACGUGUUAUUGAAAUCGACUGUAGACGAAUGCAUGAACGAUAUGCAGACACUGAUGCUAAACUACGUAAAGAAAGAGAAGAGUGUGAACGACUACGUGGUCAACUACAAAGUAUUGAAGAUGAGAAAGUUAAACUACAGUGUGAACUGGAUAGUCUGACAUGUGAACGUAAUGAUCUCAUCAAACAUCAACGUCAAGUUGAAAAACGCUCACAGAUCAAUUCAUCUGAACGUGAGAGACUGUCAAGACAAGUGAAUGACUUAAAUGAAUUAAAAGAGAAUCUUGAAAAGCAAAUAAGACAGCUGGAAAAAGAAUUUUCUGAACAAACUACGAAAUAUCAGCUUGAACGUGAAGCAAACGAAAAGCUGCAACAACGUAUGGAUACACUGAUUCAUAGUAAAAAUUCAACCGACAGACGAGCGAAUUGGUUAGAACAACAAGCAGAAGAAUUAAGAUCACAGCUUAAUCAGUUAGAACAACAAUUAUCCAAACAAAAAGAUGAAAAUAAGUGGAUGACAGAGGCAAAUGAAAAGCUGACAAGUGACAACGAAUCACUUCGAGCAACAGUUGAAUUAGCCAAUAAAGAUAAAGUACACUUGGAAUCGUGUAUUGAAGAAAUGAGUUCAGCGCAUAGACAAGCAUUAAGAGAACGUGAAGAUUUAGUUCAACGUUCCAAUGGUUUACAUGAACGGAAUAUUGAAUUAGAUGCUGAAAAUAAAAAGCUUGAUUUAGAAGUAAAACGUAACGCUGAAGCACUACGAGCAGAAAGAAAUACUCUUGCUGAUGUUCAACAACAAUUAGAAUUAUGUCGUAGAAGAUCAGAAACUGCUGAAAGAGAUGCCAAUGAUUGGAGUUCACGUCUACGUCUUGUUGAAGAUCAACUGCAUAAAGCUGAAACACGUGUUGUACAGUUAGAAAGAGAAUUACGUGUAGAAAGAGAUGAUUAUAGUCAACUGAGAGCACGAAUGGAAAUAUUAGAAGAGGAGAAACAAAAUAUCGAGAUCAAUUUAAAAGAAACAGCUCAAAGGCUAUCACAUACUGAAGUUGACUUAUCAGGAAGAGUACGUGAAAUACACGAACUUCGUUCAGCACAUGAAGAAGUUCUACGCACGAAUUCACGUACACAAGAAGCACUGACAACACGUAAUACAGAAUUGUCAGCUGCCAGGAAUGAGUUAAAUUCACUGCAGACAAGUUUAACAGAAACACGUCGAUUAUUAGAAGCUGAACAACGAGAGACAACAAGGCUAAGAGAAGAUUUAAAUCAAAUGGCACGUGAGUCGCAAACACUACAAACAGAAUUACAGGAUGCGGGUGAAGAAAGAGAUGAAUUAAAACAAAGAAUUAAAGACUACUUAAAUGAAUUAUCCCGACUAGAACGUGUAUUAACCGAGCGUGAUAGUGAAUGUAAUAAAUUAAUUGAUCAGUUGAGAACAGCAAAUGAGGAGGCUGAAAGUUGGAGAAUCCGUUGGGAAACAAGUGAAAAUAAAUUAACAAAUUGUAAGGUAGAUUUAGAAGACAAAGAUGCUGAUCUAUCGAAUGAACGUGAAAGAUCUGAUAUAAAAGAUAGAGAAAUAGCUCAUUUACGAGCUACGCUGAAUUCAACAGAAAUACAGAGUAAUGCAACCUCUCGUUCAUUAGUUGAAGCCAAUGAACAAUUAAGAAUAUCUCGAGCAGAAAUUGAUACACUUACAACAGAAAUAUCACGUAUACGUGAUACACUAGCACGUUGUGAAACAGAAAAAUCUAACUUACAACGUGAAAUCAAUUCACAACGUUUAGAUAAUGAUCAGCUAAGAGCUCAAUUAGAUGAUUUUGAAGUUGAACUGGAACAAAUUAAAGAACAGCUGGAAGAAGAACGUGAAAAUUCAAGAAAUAUGAAUGAAAUAUUAACAAUAACUCGGCAAAAAGAACAAAAAGCUUUAUCUGAAGCUCAGGAAAGAACUACAGAAGUGAUUGCUUUACGCGACAGGGUAACUAAUGCCGAAGAAAGAGCAGAUAUAACUCAACGUGAAAUAGAUAAAGUCAGGGAGCGGCUAGCUGAAACAGAACGUGAAGCAAAUCGUUUAUCAAGAAGUUUAUCAGCUGAGCGAUUUGAGAAAGAACGUGCUCUAUCUGAAUUACGAUUGAGCAGUCUACCAGCAGGUUAUAGACCAUCAGGUUAUUCAAGUUUAGGAGGAACAUAUUACCCAGGUACUUCAGUCAACCGAGAACGUUUACCUUACCAAGAAAGAGAUGAUUAUUGA